AUGGAGUUGAUCAUCGCCUUUACAGUUCCUCUUUUGGCUGGAAUAUUUACCUUUCUCUUAUUUGUGUACUAUGUUAUAGGGUUAUCAAAAAGUGGCCAUGGAGAGUCUCGCAAGAGUAGAUCACCACCAGAAGCUGCCGGAGCUUGGCCUUUGAUCGGUCACCUCCAUCUGUUAAAAGGACCCGAACUGCCUCACAAAACCUUGGAAAACCUGCCAGACAAGUAUGGACCGGUCUUCUCAAUCCGGCUCGGAGUGCACCGAGCUUUGAUAGUAAAUACUUGGGAAAUAGCUAAAGAGUGUUUUACUAUUAAUGACAGGGUCAUUAGUGUCCGUCCCAGAGCCAUAGCAUUGGAGCACUUGACCUACAACUACGCCAUGUUUGGCUUCAGUCCUUAUGGCGAAUACUGGCGUGAACUACGCAAGAUUGCCACCCUCCAGCUUCUCUCGAACCACCGGCUAGCGAUGCUCAAUAGUGUUAUCGAGUCUGAGGUCAAGGUCUCGAUAAAAGGGGUUUAUGAUUUAUGUGUGAAGAACAAGAACGAUUCAAAAAAGACUGUGUUGGAGAUGAAGAAAUGGUUUGGAGGCCUUACUCUAAACCUUAUUUUAAGGGUUAUGGUGGGGAAAUGA